AUGGUACACAUGGUCUUUGGUGACCCCACAGGAUCAAGGAACCAAAGCAACCACUGGUGUCAGAAAUCUAUAGUGAGACUUCUUACUGUGAAAUAUGAUUGCUACAGUAACUUAAAGGAAAGCACAAUAAACAACAGGAUAUCUCUCUGGGCUAUGUCAAUAGGAGCACUCUUCCUAGCACAGAUUGUCACUGGAAUCAUGGGAAAUUUCUCUCUUCUUUACCAUUACCUCUUCCUUUACUGCAUUCAGUCCAGGUUGAAGGCCACAGACUUGAUACUCUCGCACCUGACACUAGCCAACUUCUUCCUCAUUCUCUCCAAAGCUGUCCCCAAGACAAUGGCAGGAUUGGGGCUGACAGACUUCAUGAGUGGUUUUACAUGCCAAUUUCAUUUGUAUGUCUACAGAGUGGCCAGGGGGGUGUCCAUUGGCACCACCUGCCUCUUGAGUGUCUACCAGACCAUCACGAUCAGCCCCAUGAACUCCUGCUGGAAAGAGCUGAAAGUCAGAGCUCCAAAGUGUGUUGGCUGCUCCCUUUCCUUCUGCUGGAUUCUGUACAUCUUGGUCAAUUUGAUUUUUCCUACAUAUGUGUCCUAUGUAUCUGGCCAAUGGAGCAACAUAGACACUGUGAAGAAAAUGGAUUUGCAAGACUGUUUUUCUGUAGAUCAUGAGAAAAUACUAGGCUCAAUCUAUUCAGCAGUAAUAGUAUUUCCUGAGGUUUUGUUUUCUGUGCUCAUCAUCUGGUCCAGUGGUUUCAUGGUUUUCAUCCUGUUCAGGCACAAACACCGGGUCCAGCACAUUCACAGGACUAACCUUUCCCCCAGACCCUCAGCUGAGUCCAGAGCCACACAAAGCAUCCUCCUUCUGCUGAGCACCUUUAUAUGUUUUCACACCCUUUUCACCAUGUUUAGUAUUUGCUUGUCUCUUUAUCAAAAUACAAAUGAAUGGCUGGUAAAGAUCACAGAUCUAAUUUCUCUGGGUUUUCCCACUGUGAGCCCCUUUCUUCUCAUGAGCCGUGAGUCCACUCUAUGCAGGGUCUUCUCUGCCUACAUCAGGACUAGGAAAUCCCCUGUUCUUAUGAGAAACAUGCUCCCAGGUCAUACAGGUCAGGAGCAACAGCCUGAGCUCAUCUUGAUGACACUCAUCUUUGUCAAAUGUUAG